UUUCGCCUUUCCUUUUCAUUUCAUCAGAAGUGAUCAACGGAGUGAGUGCCCGGGUCACGUCAUGCAGUGGGCUGCAGGUCCGCCUUCGUUAUUGAAGAUUUGACCCAGCCUGGGUGAUGGAAGACUCCCAUUUUAAUUCCUCAUACUUCUGGUCUCCUGUGCAGGGUCAGAUUGAGAAUGCUGUAUUUCUCAAUAAGGUAAAGGAGCAGUUGGGUCAGGAUAAAAGCCCCACCUACUCACAUGGCCUCGCCCACGACCCAGCGACUGCGGUUGCUGGGGGUGUAAGAACACUAAAACAGGAGCAGAUGCAACCAUCCCAUUCCUCACACAGUAUCACGGUAGUGCCGGUACCAUCGACCCACACAGGCAUCAUGACAGCAGCGGGUUUGGUCACUUUUGUGUCUCCGGUGUCCUCUGCCCAGUCCCUUAUUCCUGGACAUCCAUCCACCACUAUGAUAACAGUACAGACAGACAAGAAAAAUGAAUCGGUGCCCUGCUCACCGGUUGUCAUACCGAUAACAGGGAAAAGGGGCAGAAAGAAAAAAUCCACACUAUCGUUGGUUGGCUCGACUUCUGGGGCAGAUCCAUUGAUUUUAGGCCUUGCAGGACAGCAUCAUUCUGCCAACCUCUACAGUCUCUCUUCAGAACAAGGGCAUGUUGGGAAGGAGGGCGGAAAAACAUACAGGUGCCGGAUUUGUGGUUUGACGUUUUGCAGUAAGUCAGACAUGCAGCUGCACUCCAAGUCGCACACGGAGGUGAAAGCUCACCAGUGUCCGCACUGCUCCAAAUCCUUCGCUAACACCAGCUACCUGACCCAGCACAUCCGCAUCCACAGCGGUGCCAAGCCCUACACCUGCUCCUACUGCCAGAAGGCUUUCAGACAGCUCAGUCACUUACAGCAGCACACACGAAACCACACAGAAACCAAACCUCAUAAGUGUCCUCAUUGCACGAAAUCAUUCGCCAACACAAGUUAUCUUGCCCAGCAUGUACGAAUACACACAGGAGUGAAACCGUACGGCUGUUCCUUCUGCCAGAAGACCUUCAGACAACUCAGUCACUUACAGCAACACCACAGGAUCCACACCGGAGACAGGCCAUACAAAUGUACUCACCCAGGCUGUGAGAAGUCUUUCACUCAGCUCUCCAACCUUCAGUCUCAUCGACGUCAGCACAACAAGGACAAACCGUACAAGUGUCACCACUGUAACCGUGGUUAUGUAGAUGCAGCCAGCCUGGAAGUUCAUCUGUCCACUCACACGGUUAAGCAUGCUAAACUCUACUCCUGUGGUCUAUGCAAUCGCACUUAUACCUCGGAGACGUAUUUGAUGAAACACUUGCACAAACACGCCCCCGAUCUGGUUCAAUCUCCGCUUGGGUCGACCCAACCAAGUCACAGCCCUGGACACGCUGGUGGAGGAGAUUCAGACGAAGACAAGCAAAGCCAAGCUGAAAGGAGCGACAGCUUUAGCCUGACGACUGGUGUGCCAUGCGUGUUUGACCUCAACCCAUACAAAUUGGUGACUUCUUCAGAUGUGCAGUAUAAAACUGUCAGUGUGUCUGAUAUCUUGCCUCACAAAGACCUCUGCAUCACUGUGGAGGCGUCGGCUAUACAGGUGGAACACCUGAACUCAUGAGAAAUCCCAUGGAGCGAGGGAUGAAACUUUGGAGAUUUAAAAAACUAUCAAAAAGCUGUGGAUGUGAACAUAUUUCCUUUUUACUCAAUGCCUUCCUAAUUGUAUGAAGAUGCAAAUUAUGGAUGGGGACUUCAAUGGAAGUGAAGAAAUCGCUAAGGACAAAGACUUUUUUUUUCUUGCCUAGAAUUUUUCAAACAUUUAUUUACUGUAAUCCUAAUCUUCCUCGCAAAAGCUUCCUUUAAGACUGUGGCUGCUUCAUUGGAUACACAGGUCAUAUCUUAAGUCGGUAUCCAGGCUUUGGUUUAUUCUGUUUGUUUGGUCAUCUGUAGAUGUUUGUACGAUCGCUGCACCAUCAACAUUAUUGUUACUAAAAACGAGAAUGAAAAUAUUUAGUGUCUGACUUGCACAUUAUAGAUGGAAUUGUUGGAUUUUUUUAUAUUAAAAGGGAAUUUGCAGGCAUUUGUGUAAAACAGAAAAAUAUGUGUAUAUGAUUGUCAAGUGUAUUGUCUGUGUGUGAGUAAACAUAUCAAGGAAUAGGACAAAAAUAUUUGUGUCAACUAAACUGGUUGCAAAUAUGAAUCAGAUGGUUUCUGCUUAAUAGGUUACUGUUUACUAUUCACAUCCACAGAUGACAUGCAAUGCUCUGCUAUUACUUUGUUAUUAGUAUAUUAUCAAAGUAACAACUGUGAAAAUACACCCAAACUUCUAAACAAAACAGCUUGGUGUGAAAUAAUCCUUUUGAAACAAAAUAUUAAAAAUAAAAAGUAUGAUUUUGU